AUGAGAAGCCAAACUCUUCGAUCUUUUUACCUUCUCUUUUUACUUGUAUUUUUCUUCUCCUUCAAUUCUGCAACUUCAAAAUCUCAUCUUCAGUUGAGAAGGGGUGAUUCUUUAUCUGUUGAGGACGAUCAAGAUUUCCUCACCUCCCCAGAUAACUCAUUUACUUGUGGUUUUCUUAACUUAGAAAAUUCUAAUGCCUACUGGUUUGCCAUUUGGUUCACAAAUUCUAAAGAAAAAACCGUCGUCUGGACCGCAAAUCGGGACAGGCCGGUUAACGGCCACGGUUCGGAAGUACACCUCAGGGGAGAUGGAACCAUGCUCUUAACAGACGUUGGUGACACUGUUGUAUGGCAGACAAAUACCACCACAACUGAUGUUGCAAUAGCUAAGGUUCUGAAUUCAGGCAACCUCGUAUUGGAGAAUCCACAAGGUGAUAUUCUCUGGCAAAGUUUUGAUUUUCCUACAGAUACUCUUUUACCUUUACAAACACUUACUAAGAAUAAAAGAUUGACAUCUGCAUUAAGAAAAAGGAGUUAUGAAUCAGGUUACUUUAAUUUGUAUUUUGGAAGUGAUAAUGUUUUGAGAUUGAUAUCGGAUACGCCCGAUACAUCAAGCAAUUAUUGGCCUAAUCCUGAUUUUGAUGUGUAUAGAAAUGGAAGAACAAAUUAUAAUAGUAGCAGAGUGGCAUUUUUGGAUGAUAUGGGCAGGUUUCUGUCAAGUGAUCAAUUGCAAAUUAAUGCUUCUGAUAUGGGAUAUGGGAUUAAAAGGAGGAUGACAAUAGAUUAUGAUGGGAAUCUUAGGAUUUAUAGCUUGAUGAACUCGACGGGAUCGUGGGAAAUAACAUGGCAAGCUCUUGGACAACCUUGUAGUGUACGCGGUGUGUGUGGAAGAAACGCGGUGUGUGUUUAUGCACCGGAUCCUCAGUGUGCGUGUCCUCCUGGGUUCGAGGUGAAUGAUCCAAGUGACUGGAAUGCUGGUUGCAAGGCAACGUUCAACGAGACUCUCUUACAUUCUCGACAAGUGAAAUUCGUGGAGAUACCUCAUGUGGAUUUCUAUGGUUUUGAUCUCAAUACGACUUCUCCAUUGACAUUGGAAGCUUGCAGGGAUAUGUGCGCGAGUGAUUUUCGUUGCCUUGCGUUUAGCUACCGGAUUUUGGGACAAGGAUUCUGUCUUGUGAAAAGUGCACUCCUUAAUGGCUAUGAAACUCCAGAUUUCCCUGCAAGUAUAUACAUUAAAGUUCCAAGCAGUGUGCAACCACCAAAUCCUUCAAUUCUAUAUGAAUCCAGAACAAUGUGUGGAUCUACAGAAGCAGAACACAUCGUAGGAUCUCCUUCUAUGUAUGACUUCGUCCCGAAAAGAGUGAAAUGGAUUUACAUCUACUCAUUUUGUGCAGCAUUGGGAGCAAUUGAAAUAACGCUCAUUGUAUUAGGCUGGUGGUUUUUGUUUAGAAAACACGGUAUCCCAGCUUCAGUCGAGGCUGGAUAUCGCAUGAUAUCUAGCAAUUUCAAGAGGUAUACUUAUGCUGAACUGAAGAAAGCAACCAACAAUUUUAAGAGUGAGCUAGGAAGAGGAGGUUCGGGUAUAGUUUAUAUGGGUGUAUUAUCAGAUGGUAGGGAAGUAGCAGUCAAGAAGCUGGGGGAUGUGUUUCAAGCCCAAGAUGAGUAUUCAGCAGAAAUCAGCACCAUAGGAAAGAUCAAUCACAUGAAUCUAGUGAGAAUUUGGGGGUUUUGCUCAGAAAGAAAGCAUCGACUCUUAGUCUAUGAGUACAUCGAUAACUUGUCACUCGACAAGCAUCUUUUCGACUCUAAUAUCCUCACAUGGAAACAAAGGUUUGCGGUGGCAAUGGGGACAGCCAAAGGCUUAGCCUACCUUCACCACGAGUGUCUUGAAUGGGUAAUCCAUUGUGAUGUGAAACCCGAAAAUAUACUUCUAGAUGGAGAAUUUCAACCCAAGAUUGCAGAUUUCGGGUUAGCAAAACUGUCUCAGAGAGGCGGCCCUGGUUCCGAAUUCACCAGAAUUCGAGGGACAAAAGGCUACAUGGCUCCAGAAUGGGCUCUAAACCAUCCGAUUACAGCUAAAGUCGACGUGUAUGGAUAUGGUGUCGUAAUCUUGGAGAUGGUAAGGGGAAUUAGACUUUCGAAUUGGGAGGUCGAUGAUGAAUAUGAGAACGAAGCAGCACUCACGAGUUUCGUUAGGACAGUGAAGAAAAAAAUUGAGCGUGGAAACUCCUUUUGGGUGGAGAGUUUUGUUGAUCCGAGAUUGAAAGGGAAUUUUAGCAGAAAACAGGCAGAAACAUUGGUUCAAUUAGGCCUUUCAUGUGUAGAAGAAGACAGAAACAAGCGCCCAACAAUGGCUUCUGUGGUACAAACUCUACUCGAAUGUGAAGAUGAUACAGAAGUCCAGAUUUCAGACAACUUGUAA